GUCAAGUCGGUUGACAGCGCGGGAAACGGUUUCCCAAGAGCCUAACUGUCAUCUCCGCGAUCGUCUUCACUUCGAAGACUCAGUAAUCUCUCUGUCUCUCUUAUGAGGAAUCUCCCCCGACAGAAGGUCCACUACGGUUUCGGAAGCCAUAGCCUAAAUUCAUUUUCACAAUGCGUGUUGUUCUGCUCCAAGAAUCUCUUCGUUUUCUCUCAUAUAAAAAGAUUAUUGGCUGAGUCGGUUCCUGACAAUAUUGAGCCCAGGUUUGUGUUAUUCAGAGCUAUGGACGACAGUAAAUUGGUAGAGCGUGAUUUUGCUUUCAGAGUUUCAAAGGAGAGCCCCCGAAGUCGACGAUCUCUGGCGUUGCCGUUCUCCCCACUCACGGUUAUCGAUGGCGUUUUCUCCCGAAAGAGUUUUUCCUAUCGCAAACUUCCUUCAGAGCCUCUCAGGCUCUCCGUCCUCAAAUUGGACGGCUCUUGCUUCGAUAUUGUGGUUACAAAGACAGCCACUAUCGCGGAACUUUGGCAGGCUGUGGAGGCAGUUUUCAGUCACAUGCCUAAGAAGGGAGCGGGGAAAAUUUCAUGGCCGCAUGUUUGGGGGCAAUUUUGCUUAUGCUAUGAUGGACAAAAGCUACUUACAGAAACAGAUUAUCUUAGAAACUAUGGCAUCAAGGACGGUGACCAGCUUCGUUUCAUGCGACACGUCUCAAAUUGUUACAAUGUGAGGAGGAGGAGAUUCAAGAAAAGAAUUGUUAGUUCAAAACCAAAUUGGGGGUCCUCAUCAAAAGUAAGUAGCUAUCUGCAGAAAGAUCAUGCCAGUGACACUGAUGAUGAAAUUGGUUUGGAUAGCAUAGUCAUAGAGAAGGGGAAGAUUCAGCAAUUCAAUAAUGAUGCUCGGGUGAAGAAUCUUGAAAACAAGCUGACAAGCUUCUGGGCAGGGUUAUUCACAUGCACCCGACUUGCAGUCACGAGAAGUAAAACCGAAGGCAGGAUCUGUCCCUUGAGGUUUGCUCGAGGCUUACUGGGCAGUUUUAGGAAGAUAAACUUCUACAGGAAAAAGCGAUCUUAUCGAAAACAUGCAGAAAUUGGGUGGUGCUGAUACACAGAAAUAUCUGCUCUCAGCUGACACAUGGCCUAUUUUAUCGCAACAUGCUGAAAGAUGAGUUCUUUCUGUCAAGGCGAAGUUUGUGUGUUUAAAUUUUUGCUGCCAUGAUGCUUGACCCAUGCGAGUAUGGGACUGUAUAUGCAGAAUCCCCCUCCACACUUCUUCCUCCUUCUCCGUUUUCCCUUUCCCUGUCAUCUUACUUCCGAUGGAAGCAUCAAAGUGGAUCUCAAUAAAGUGCUAGCGUGAUGUGAUAUAUAUGGCUCAUAAUUAACCUUGAAAAAUCGGCCACGUUUUCGUUAGUUUUCUUUUUCUUUCUUUUGUGGGUGGCCCAUUUCACAGAUUGUAGAAAAAUUGAUAAUAAAAUACUUUUAAAUUAUAUAAAUAAUAAUUUAAUAUAUUAAAAUAUUAUAAUUUUACUAAA